UGUGUACCAACCCGGACAAACACGGUGAAACACCGCGGUCUUUUUAAGAAAUUUUUUUGUUUGUUUGUUUUUAUUUUAUUUGCGGUUGAUGUGUUAAAACUAGCGGUUUUAUUUUUACACAAACACGGCCAGCUAAAUGUUAAGACCUUGUAAAUAACGUUUAAUAUUUAGUCAUUCGCAAAUAGCUUGUCUAAAAAGGAAUAUGAUUGUGAUACGGGAUGAUUAGCUGACUAUAUUCCGAUCUCGCAAACAUCUGGAAAUGCGGAAUUAAGAAAAAUAUUGUUCUGAUCUCAAACACAUCUGGCUUUUCUCGGUCACUGAAGAAGCUUGUAAGAUUUUAACUGGCAGUCUGUGUGUGAUGAAUUGUUCAUCAAGGACUUUCUACCUUGGACAACAUCCUAUAACAAAGAAAAAUGGAUUGCCUGUGGAUGAAAAACGAACGACUAGACGGUCAAGCCGUUCCCAUUGUGCUAAGCCUUCCUACCAUGGAAUGCAGAAUAGGGGAAGCUGUAAUAGCACUACUACUAUGCAAAAUGAGAAGAAACAGUUGAUGCCUGUGGAUUCAGCAUCAUUGACUGAUGCAGAGAAUAUACAAGAGUCUAAAUUGUCCAAAGGAACAUGUAGUAUGCCUGUGAAGACGCCUAACAUACCAGAGAAAAGAGCUCACCUUUCUGAGAUCAGUGAAACUGGUCAUCAUGAAUUACAAGGGCAAAGUGCAGAAAAUAUUACGCCUUCAGAUCCAGGGCUAUCAACGCCCUUAAUGGAAAAUGGAAGAACUAAUAUACAUGGCAAAAAAGCAAAGGACUUGAAGGACCUGGCUCAAAGGUUGCUGUUCAGCGAAACAAAGAGCAGCAGCAGCACAGGAAGGCGUGAUCACGAGUCAAAAUUUGAGCAGGACACAGAAAACCGUUCACCACACAAAAAAACCUCAGAGAACAAGCCAAAGUUAAAAUUCAGAAAAGAGACGUCUGCAACUGGCUUGAAUGGAUCUAUGAACCGUUCGAAGGAUUACAUAUUGUUUAGUCCAACACGCAUGGCUGCUGCCAAAAAAAGAUCUGGUUUCCAGCGACAGAAGCCGAAACAUGGGAAUCUGUCCGUCUCCAUCCUCACUCCUCCACCUGGCCUGGAUCUCAGCUCUCUGUGCAGCUCACCAACAGAUGCAGGGCACAGCAUCCACAUGGCAAUUCCUGCUGAUCAGUCAGACAAGCUGCUGCUCUCCAGCUGGGGUCUGCCCAAACCUGUUCUGGAGAAGUACCAGAGUCUGGGUGUGAAGCAGAUGUUUGAGUGGCAGGCUGAAUGUCUCACUCUGGGCAAAGUGUUGGAGGGAAAAAACCUUGUGUACUCGGCCCCAACAAGUGCUGGGAAAACUCUGGUUUCUGAGUUAUUAAUCUUAAAAAGAGUUUUGGAGACUAGACGUAAAGCCAUAUUCAUCCUCCCGUUUGUUUCUGUGGCCAGAGAGAAAAUGUUUUAUCUACAGAAUGUGUUUCAGGAGGCAGGGGUGCGAGUCGAAGGCUAUAUGGGAAGCACUUCAGCCGCUGGUGGCUUCUCUGCACUCGAUGUGGCUGUGUGUACAAUAGAGAAAGCCAAUGGACUCAUCAACAGGCUGAUUGAAGAGGACAGAAUGGAUUUGCUUGGGAUUGUCGUGGUAGAUGAGCUGCACAUGCUGGGCGACUCUGGCCGUGGAUAUUUGUUGGAGCUCUUGCUGACUAAAAUCCAGUACAUUGCAAAGAAAGCAGCAGAGAAGUGCUCUGAUAAAAGUGCUGUACAGCUCGUGGGAAUGAGUGCCACUUUGCCAAACUUGGAUCUCCUCGCUGGCUGGUUAAACGCUGAACUGUACCAUACAGAUUACCGUCCUGUGCCGCUGAUGGAGUGGGUCAAGAUAGGUGCUAAGAUAUACGACGGCACUAUGAAUCUUGUCAGACCUUUCACUCCUGCUCUCCCCGUUAAGGGUGAUGAUGACCACAUCGUGAGCCUCUGCUUUGAGACGGUGCAGGCUGGUCACGCUGCGCUGUUGUUCUGUCCCUCGAAGAACUGGUGUGAAAAGCUGGCAGACAGCAUUGCCAGGGAGUUUUACAACCUUCAUCACCAUGAGAAGCAGUCAGAAUCUGGAGUGCACUCUGUGUCUCUGGACCUUGAGGGUCUCCAGGAUGUUGUGGCACAGUUAAAACGAACGCCUGCAGGCCUUGAUGAAAUCCUGAAACGCACAGUUCCCUGGGGUGUAGCCUUCCACCACGCAGGUUUGACAUUUGAUGAGCGAGACAUCCUGGAGGGUGCUUUCCGUCAGGGCUUCAUCAGGGUCCUGGUCGCCACUUCCACUUUGUCCUCCGGUGUAAAUCUGCCUGCACGCCGUGUGAUUAUCAGAACCCCAGUGUUUAAUGGACAUCUGCUGGACAUACUGACCUACAAACAGAUGGUGGGACGAGCAGGACGUAAAGGAGUGGACACUGUUGGUGAGAGUGUCCUGGUGUGUAAGGAAUCUGAACGCAUGAAGGGUAUGAGUUUAAUUCAAGGCUCUCUAAAGCCCAUCAGCAGCUGCCUUGUGAAGCGUGAAGGAGAGGGAGUCACCACCAGCAUGCUCCGAGCCAUCCUGGAGAUCAUAGUGGGUGAAGUUGCCAGCACACCAGAAGAGGUGAGGAUGUAUGCAUCGUGCACGCUGCUGGCAGCCAGCAUGGCGUCCGAUCAGCCCGGAGCAGCUCAGAGCCAAGGAGCCAUCGAAGCCUGCAUGGACUGGCUGAUGGAUAACGAAUUUAUUCAUAUCCAAAAGGAAGGAGACGAAGAGAAGUAUUGUCCUUCUCAUCUGGGUUCUGCCACACUGUCGUCAUCUCUGUCACCUCCAGAAGCUCUUGGGAUUUUCGCCGACCUACAGAGAGCGAUGAAAGGCUUUGUUCUUGAAAAUGACCUCCACAUUCUUUACCAGAUAACACCAGUAUACGUCGACUGGACAACAAUAGACUGGUACCAGUUCUUCUGUCUGUGGGAGCAGCUGCCUUCUGCCAUGAAACGAGUUGCAGAGAUGGUUGGAAUUCAGGAGGGAUUUCUGGCACGUUCUGUCGGCGGGAAAUUGAUCGCCAAAACAGAAAAACAGCGAAGACAGAUGGCUAUACACAAACGUUUUUUCACCACGCUCGUAUUGUUUGAUCUGGUCAACGAGGAACCUCUUGGAGUCGUGGCGAAGAAGUACGGCUGUAGCCGAGGACAGCUGCAGUCACUUCAGCAGUCUGCCUCAACCUACGCAGGUAUGGUUACAGUUUUCUGUAAUCGACUUGGGUGGCACAACCUCGAGCUCCUUCUGGCUCAGUUCCAAAGUCGUCUGAGCUUCGGAGUGCAGCGAGAGCUGUGUGAUCUGGUGCGUAUUUCUUUGCUGAAUGCCCAGAGAGCACGAGCACUCUACAGUGCUGGGUUGGUUACCGUGGCUGAGGUUGCACGUGCAAACGUUCCUGAUGUGGAGAAAGCUUUGAGGAAAGCCGUUCCUUUUAAAAGUUCCCGGCAGGCAGUGGAUGAGAGUGAGGAGGAGGCUCAGGAACGCAGAAGCAUGCGCUGUAUCUGGGUCAGUGGGAAAAAAGCUUUGACGGAGAGUGAGGCUGCACACCAGAUUGUGUCGGAGGCCAGGCUGCUCCUCCAGCAGGACCUGGCCCUUCUCGGUGUGGAGUGGGACCCCAACUCGCCAGAAGCUAUAACAAAUUCUUCUGAUGAAUCAACAGAUUCCAGUUUACAGUCUAAUGCUGAGGGUUCAUCCAGUGAGACUAACGGAAGAACUGAGAAACUGAGGAAGCUCGGGAAAGAACCUCAUAUACCAGCUGAUCAAAAUCCUUCAUCUGAUAAUGCUCAAAGUCAUACAAACUCAAAGUGUAUGACUGUAAAUGCAGAAAACACGACGGCUCCUGAACAGCAAUCUAGUGCUUUACAGAAAGUUCUAAAAUCCAUAAGUGCCAAAGACAAAAUAGGUCAGAAUGGCUGCGACACUAAUGAGAUUUCUGCAUCAGUAUUUCUGGCAAACUGUAACCUCAAUUCUGAUUUACAUCGAAACUCAUGCAAUGAUGAUCAAUCUGCCACUCGAUCAAGUCCAUUAUCUAAACGCAGACGGGUGGGGAAUGAAGAAAAUGAGGUGAAUAAUAAGGCCAGAGAAACUGAAGAAGAAAAACCCCAUCUACUAACAGAUGCAGAUAAUAGGCCAAUGUCAACUGCUAAACCUGAUAACAGUAGGCCACAGACAUGCUGUUCAUCAUCUAUUCCAUUUCAUCUUGGUAAGGCAUCAGCUUUAACUAAUCAGCACCAAUUUUCAUCUGCUGAUGGAAUCAGAAAUGAAUAUCAAAGUUUAAAUGAGAUCAACAGGAUGGCUGUUUUAGAAAAGGAAACAAAAAAGGGGAAAUACACAGACAGCUACCAGAAAAAACCCAAGAUUUUAAAAGAACCUUGUCCUAGUUCUUCUAUGUACUUUUUGGUGAGCUCAGAUGUAAAGUCUCGAGUUUUGUCUGAAGAAGUACUAAUUUCAGGGGAAAAGUGUAAUUCUCCAGAUUUAUACACUGGGGAAGUAGAAGAAUUUGGCGAUAGUUUUCAGCUUGACACUCAGACCGAACGAAUGUUGCUGCAAGAAGACAAAUUGCCUCAUGGCAAUAGCAAUUCAAAAAGUAAUCAUAAAUUCAAGACUACACAGAGUAAUGUUGGGACUCACCAAAUCUCUCAUUCUGAAAAUGAUAAUUUAUUCACAGAGAAGAGGUAUGAACCGAAAAACCCAUAUAAAUCACCUUCGAUUAAAGCCAAACCAAAAUACAACAUUUCCCUGACGGACAGUCAAAUGGAGAACCUUUUGAACUUCACGAACCAAACAACUGAAACACACUUAAGUCCAAAACCCCAAGCUGAAACGGACAAGUCAGACACUGUAACAAAAAAAUUACCUGAAGACAUUGUAGACAACAGUCCGAACAGAAGCAGCAGUUUUCUCUUUGAUAGUCUGUAUGACAGCUCCAUCUUGGAAGCCAUGGAGGACGAGGCAGUCUUUGCUGAAGAAUCUGACAAUGACAAAGCUAUAAAUGCAGAUACAAGUUCACGUUCACCAACCAUGCCAUUAAACGAUGAGAACAAAGUAGUAGUGGAGGUGGAAGAUCAAGAGGCAGUACAAUGGGGCGAGUCUUCUUUUAACCUGUCCGAAUGGGGCGAUUCGUUACUCAUAGGAGAGCACUAUCUGGAGAAGCGGAACAGCGGAUUUAAGGUCUGUCCCGGACCAAAAGAUAAGCCUUGCUACACAGAUGAUGUUGUAUCUGAGAUACAAGUGUCUCAAACUAACGUGCCUCGUUCAGAAAGUGCCACCGAUUCUUCGUAUCAUCUGAGCCCGGGAAUGCAAGACAUUUUCGAUAAGUGGUCUGAUCAGUUUUCAACCUUCCAUGAACCUCCAGGGCAACUAGAUACAAAUGUGACAGAACAAACCGUGGAGUCUGCUGAAGCUGAGCCUGAGCAUGCAAAUCAAAAAGGUUCGGAGGAUUUGCAUAUAGUAAAACGAAAUUCGGUGAACUAUGAUCUUAUACCUCCCACACCCGUAUGUGAGCCCGUCACGCCACGAGUCAAAAUGACAACUUCGGUUGUACAGUCUCCUCUUAAUCACCAAACUCACAUAAAGUCUCCAUCUCCAAAUUCUGGCCUCGAGGACAAUCGGCAACUUUGUGUGGAACUGAAGGCCAAGUCACAAUCAGAGACGUCCCUGACCGACGAGGGCUUUUCACUGCAGCUUUCACAGGAUGCCUCCGCCUUUAGCAGUCCAGAAUCCUUCUCUAUUAUUGACGUGGCAAGUGAUAAAAGACUUUUUGAAACGUUUGUUAAGGAGUGGAAAACAAAGAAAAGAUUUUCUCUAGCUGUUGCCUGUGAGAGGAAAGAUGGCACAGCGCAGCCUGAAUUGGUUAUAGGGAGCAAAUUUAAAAAAGCAACCACACCAAUGAGGACCAAAAGAAAAGAUGGCUUUGCCAUGAAAGGACACGAGAACCUAGUUGUAACUGGCUUAUCUAUAUGCUGGGGAGGAAAGGAUGCCUAUUAUAUAUCACUACAACAGGAACUAGCAGACACAGCAGAUAUAAGUGCAAGCUUAGCACCACCUCCACUUGAUGAAAAUCUGGCAGUGGAAGAGAGGAUGAAGAACAUUCAGACCUGUGUCACAAGGUCCACUUCUGGUGCUGAGGGUGUGACCGUUACGUAUGACUAUAUUCAGGUGUAUAAGACUCUCGUCCUGGCAUGUGGACUUUCAAUAAGAGGCGUAUUUGAGGAUCCAAAGGUUGCUUGCUGGCUUCUGGAUCCUGGCUCCAAGGAACGCACCCUUCACAACAUGGUGACAAACUUUACUCCGCACGACCUGCCCUUGUUGGAAGGAAUUAGGACGGGACAAGGUGUGGAAAGUCUGGGAAUAUAUGGAGACUCGGGUCAUUCCGGUCGAUACAGAGCAGCAAUCGAGUCUGUUCUCAUCUUCAGAGCCAUGGCACACCUCAAUGUGCUCAUGGAAGAAGAAGGUUUCUUAGAUGUAUUCCAGCGAGUAGAGAUGCCCACUCAGUACUGCUUGGCUCUCUUGGAGCUGAAUGGUAUUGGGUUUAGCGUCACUGAAUGCGAAGCUCAGAAACAUGUGAUGCAGGCUAAACUCACUGACCUGGAAAACAAAGCCUAUCAAUUAGCUGGUCACAGCUUCUCUUUGACCAGUCCAGAGGAUGUUGCUGAGGUCUUAUUCCUGGAACUGAAGCUACCUCCAAAUGGUGAUUUAAAUUCUCUGAAGAAUAAAAAAACCCUGGGCUACACCAGACGAGGAGGAGUAGGUGCACAUGUCAAACUUUCCAAACAGUUUAGCACAACGAAGGAUGUGCUAGAAAAACUCAAGCCAUUGCAUCAACUUCCAGGAAUCAUUCUAGAGUGGAGAAGGAUAACGAAUGCCAUGACCAAAGUGGUUUUUCCACUACAAAGAGAAAAGUGUUGGCACCCUACACUAGCGAUGGACAGAAUUUACCCAGUAUCUCAGUCUCACACAGCAACAGGGAGGGUGAGCUUUACAGAACCCAAUAUCCAGAAUGUACCAAAAGACUUUGAAAUCCAAAUGCCAACUCUUAUUGGAGAAAGCCAACCAUCACAAAAUAAUAUGGCCAUUAUCUCAAACAAGACAAGGGCUAAAAUAUCCCGGACACGCCAUCAGUUGGUGUCGCUGAUCAAAGAUUCAGACGGGUCCCCAGAGAAGGGGAUGGCUUUUUCUGUCAGCAUGAGGCAUGCUUUUGUUCCUUUCUCAGGAGGAUUAAUUUUGGCUGCAGACUACUCCCAGCUGGAACUCCGUAUCUUGGCUCACUUGUCCCGUGACAGGCGGCUUCUUCAGGUCCUCAACAGUGGCGAAGAUGUUUUCAAAAGCAUUGCUGCAGAAUGGAAGAUGGUGGAUCUGGAGUCAGUUGAUGAUUGUAUGAGACAACAAGCUAAACAGAUUUGUUAUGGAAUAAUCUAUGGCAUGGGAGCAAAGUCAUUAGGAGAACAAAUGGGUAUCGAUGAAAACGAUGCUGCCUGUUACAUUGAGACAUUUAAGUCCAGAUACACAGGCAUACAGGCGUUUCUUCGUGAAACCGUAAAGAACUGCAGUAAAAAUGGCUUUGUGAAGACGUUACUUGGCAGGAAGCGGUUUCUGCCAGGAAUCAAGGAGUCAAACAUUUACAUUAAGUCUCAUGCAGAGCGACAGGCAGUGAACACAACAGUCCAGGGCUCUGCAGCAGAUAUCGUCAAACUGGCUACUAUCAAUAUCCAACGCAGACUGGAGGAGACUUUUCCUGAAGUGCUGCUAUCACAUCAGCAUUACCCCAGUGGGACAGACAGAGGAAGGGGCAGGUCUCGGUCCAGAUCUUUUCGAGGAGCCUUCUUUAUACUUCAGCUACAUGACGAACUCAUCUAUGAGGCGGCAGAGGAGGAUAUCAUCCAGGUUGCACAAAUUGUGAAACGGGAAAUGGAAGCUGCUGUGAAACUGUAUGUGAAGCUUUGCGUGAAGGUUAAAGUGGGCCCAAGCUGGGGAAACCUUCAGGAGUUGGAUAUAUAAUAUCUAUUACUAUGUAUUUCUUCUUCCAAAUGUGCUGCUUAACAAAACCAAUUCUGUGAUAAGUGAAUGUAAAGUCUUUAAAUAACUCAAAUGCACUUUCCUCAUGCCUGGCAUUAAACAACCAUCUUAAACCAUCCUUGAAUUUUUAAAGAACGACUAAUCAUGGAUUGCAUGUACAGGUACUGUAUUCUAAACAUGAAUUUUUAAUCCUGUAAAUAAAAACCAAAAUA